AAGUUUUAUGUAGUAAAGAGCGGAAAAAACUAUCUGGACCUGGGUUUUUACCAGGUCACCUUUCAGGUUAGGGUAGGUAGAAAGACUUACAGGCUUUGUUAACAAGAUCAAUAUGGAAUGGCACUGGAGUAAAGUUUAUAGUAGCGUGUGGAUUAUUCAAAUCUUCUCAGGGUUACAGGUAUAUCCCAUUCCUGGAACAAAUUCAGGAGAUAAGUGUUUCACUAUCCUUGGAGAGGAGAGUUUUAUGUCUCAGAUUAAGGAUCCAUGUCAGAAAGCAGCCUGUGCCAUCCAGAAAUGCCUCCAAGCGCACAGAUACCUGGAGAAAAUGUGUGAGCCUGAAUUCAAAGCCAUGCGUGAUUGUUGUUCCAAGUACACAGCCCAUCGCUCAGUGUGUUGUUCUGGAUUCCAGCAUGAAGGGGCUUCAACAUCUGAAGACCAGUUAGUCCAGAAGACCGCACAGGAAGCAGACUGUAAUAAUGGAUGUAAAACAAAACAAUGACAUGGAUAAAUAAAAUUCUAAAGCAAGUUAAGCUGCAAA